CUGGGAAUGGAGCGCUGCUGAAGGAGGAGGCUUUCAUGUGUGUGCGGUUUAAACUUGAUCUAUGCUGAGAGCGCCGGACACAGAAUGCAAGAAGCUUGUGAGGAGCCAAUAGAACAGCUUUCAGAUCAGGACUGCAGCCUGUUUGAAAAGUUUCUGCCUGACAAUAUUGGGUCGGAGCCAGAUGCUACCAUCUACAUGAACUUCAUGAAAGCACAUCAGUGCUACGACGCCAUCCCCACCAGUUCCAAACUUGUUGUCUUCGAUACGACCUUGCAGGUGAAGAAAGCCUUCCUGGCAAUGGUCGCCAAUGGUGUGAGAGCCGCCCCUCUCUGGGACAGCAAGGAGCAAUGUUUUGUGGGCAUGCUGACUAUUACUGACUUCAUCAACAUCUUGCACAGAUACUACACGUCUCCGAUGGUGCAAAUCUAUCAGUUGGAGGAACACAAGAUUGAGACUUGGAGAGAGAUUUACUUACAAGGUUCCUUUAAGAAACUGGUCAGUAUUUCACCGAAUGACAGCCUAUUUGAUGCCGUUUACUCCUUAAUUAAGAAUAAAAUUCAUCGACUGCCGGUGAUCGACCCUGUAUCUGGCAAUGUGCUUUAUAUCCUGACGCACAAACGCAUCCUGAAGUACUUCCACCUUUUUGUCUCAAAACUCCCCAAGCCGAGUUUUAUGAAGAAGACUCUUAGAGAGCUUGGGAUCGGGACGUAUGAGAAUGUGGCCCUGGUGGAAGAGACGUCAACAGUGUAUGAAGCUCUUGGCGUCUUUGUGUCAAGGAGGGUGUCUGCUCUGCCUGUUGUCAAUAAGCAGGGUAAAGUGGUGAAUCUGUACUCAAGGUUCGAUGCCAUAAAUCUGGCUGCCCAGAAAGCUUACAACAACCUGGAUGUCAGUGUGAAGGAGGUUCAGGAGCAGAGGUGGCACUGCUUCGAGAACGUUCUCAAGUGCUAUGCUCACGAGACCCUGGAAGUCAUCAUUGAACGCCUGGUCAAACAUGAGGUCCAUCGGUUGGUAUUAGUGGAUGAGGAGGAUAUGGUGCACGGGAUUGUCUCUCUGUCCGACAUGCUCCAAGCAUUGGUCCUCUCUCCAGCAGAUCCCAAGGGCCAGUUCCUGCAUUCCACCUGAGAUCAGUACGCUUUUCAGGAGCACGCAGAUCAUGCGUUGAUGGGAUGUAAACGGAUUUCAGAGAAGGAACACUCCUAGCAGGAACAGCUUCCUGACAAAUGCCAACCUUUCCAUGAUCUUCACGGGAAAGGAUUUCCUACAGUGACAGUCUUAGGCUUUAAUGUCCUGUUUUAAGCUUGCUCUUUAAGGCUAUAUUCCUGUCUAUACUAUUUCUGCAGCACCUUUGGGUUGAAGAUCGAGAUAGCAGGAGAAGGAAGUUAAGUUGAUGCACAAUAGAAAUGAGGUUCACCAUAAACAAAAUGCAAUUAUGAUUGUCGUUUAAUUCUUGUUUUGCACUUGAUUAGAAGCACAGAUUUAGAUUGAAGUUGUAUGCUGAUUUUACAGGUUGCUUCAGUGUGGUGUGGGGGGUAUGCAGUGAAACUAAUUAGCUCAACCCCAUGGUUAACAAUCAGACAUGUGCUGUUAAAUUGAUAGUUUGAAAGUUUGGAAGAUAAGCGAUAAACAUAAAAAUGCCUAUUUCUACCAGGGUGUAUCGAGGGCCUGUGAAAACCUGUCCCGAGUCACGGCUGAUCCUCUAUGCAGGAAGCUCUCAGACACAGAUUCAAUGAAAGAGAGAUUGCCUUUAUUUGUCACAUGGACAUCGAAACAUCAAAAUAUGCAGUGAAACGCGUCAUUUGUGACAACGACCAACACAGUCCGAGGAUGUGCUGGGUACACACUGCAAGUCUCGCCGUGCUCCCAGUGCCAACAUAGCAAGUCCACAGCUUACUAACCCAAACCCAUAUGUCUUCGGAAUAUGGAAGAAACUGAAGCACUUGGGGUAAACCCACACAGUGAAGGCAAGAAGGUACCAGCCCUUACAGACAACGACAAGAAUUGAACCCCGAUCGGUGAUUGUUCUUGCUGUAAAACAUUGCGCUAAAUGCUAGGCGGGCUACCAUGCAGCCCUGCUGAUAGGGGAUCGAUUACCUAUUUCAGAAUGAGGGGAUCUCAGAGAUGCUGGUGUUCUCUAACCACCAUUAUUAUCAACAUUUUGGGUGGUAGGGGUUAAAGAUCUGAGAGGUAUAAAUGGUUGGUGGUGUCAGAAACCCCUGGUACCUAAACCAGACCUCAAUGCAUUAUAAGUUUCCGCAGAAUAAAGUUCAAAGUAAAUUUAUUAUCAAGGUACAAAUAUGUCACCAUAUGCUACCUUGAAAUUCACUUUCUUGCAGGCAUUUACAGGAAAAUAAAGCAUACAAUGACAUUUAUGAAAAACUAUAAAAUAGCAAGGAGUAAAAGCAACCAAUGUGCAAAGUAAGACAAAUUGUGCAAAUAACAAAAAAA